AUGAACCCGUGGGAGGCGGGCGGGAGCCCCCCGAGCCCCGGCCCAGCGCUGAGCCCGCGGCGGGGCGAUGGGGCCGAGCCGCAGCACCUGGGGCGGCCGGCGGGGGCCGGGCCGAGCCCCUCGGGGUGGGUCGCAGUGCAGAGCACCGGCCCGCCCGCCCCGGGGCGGAGGGAGCUCCGGUGCCGGUGCCGUGGGGCGGGCCCGGGCCGGGGGCUGCGGUUCCCGGCGCCUCCGCCCCGCCGCAGCGGGGGCGGGCGGGGGCUUCCUGCCGCCGCCUGGCAGAGCCGCCCACGCCGCGCCAUGGAGCGGACCCGGCUCCCGCUGCCCCGGCUCCUGGCCGCCGCAGUGCUCGUGGAAUGCUGCGCGCGGCUCUGCCCCGCUCUGGGCAGCGGGACGGGCUCCACGCCGGGCACUGCCGACCCCUGCGCCCGCCUGGGGACCGCGGCGGGGGAGCGCUGCCGGACAGAUCACCCAGAGCGAGGAGCUGGCGCGGGGCAGGCGCCAACACCGGAGACCUUGGGGCAGCUGUGGACAGAGGCUGAGCUACUGCCCUUCCCUGGGACUCCUACCAGGACAGCCGAGCCCUCCGGCCCCCAGGGGAGCCCUAGAGGCCCCCGGACGGGCGGGGAGGGAACAGGGCCAGCGGUGUGGGGUGGAACAGCCACUGAGCACCCGGGGCCCCCCGUGUCUGCAGGCACCACCGAGCAGGCAGCUGCAGGAAGCGAGUUGGGGGUGACCAGUGCAGGAGCCCCAGCCCCUGUGCAGCCAGACACAGAUCCUGCCACCACGGACCCCCUCGGGACUGACCCUGUAGGACAUGUGACAGUGGAAGGUGCAACGACUGUGCAGGGGACCCCUUUGCAUUCACCGCCCUCUGUGGCAGUGCCGGUUUCUGCUGAGGGACAGAGGGGAUCCCCCAACACCCCGAAGGGAUGGAGGUCCAUGGGGACAGUCCUUGUGCAGAGCCGGAGGGGCUCACACAGCUCCUCGUCCCCCGAGCUGUGGGCUGGGGAGGGCCCGGGUGCCACUGUCCCGCUGGGUAAUAGGAGCCCAGGGACCCACCCAGCCACCACGCUGGCCACUGACAGCCCAGUGCUGGGGACAACAGGGAUGUCACCCUUUGGAGAGAGGUUGCAGAGGCUGCUGACCCCCACAGGGGCACUGUGGGGGACACACCAGGGGCUGCUGGGGCCAGGGCUGGCAGGAGGACAGGGCUCUGCCUCCCGCCCAUGGCAGGGUCCCCACUCUACCCCUCGCCCCUCUGUGCUGUCCCUGGGGGCUGCUGGCCAUGAGGGGCCUGUGGCCAGCACAGCCUGGCCAGCCGUGGGCAUGGGCCCAGCCUCACUGCCUACCACAGGCAGGGAGUCUGGUCUGCCUGUCCCCACCACCACAGCUGGCACCCCAGAGGUGACUUCCUCUGUCCCAGGGGGAGCCCUGGACCCGACCACAGGAGUCUUGGGGCCACUUGACAGGGAGGGUUCCCCUGAGCAGAGUCACAUCCCCCUGAACCCACCAGCUGUGCCAGGGCAGCGCCCAAUCCCUCUGGCUCCCAGCAGCAGUGCUGUGAUGCAGAGCGGGGUGACUCAUGCCAGUCCUGGGUACCCCCAUGUCCCCCUGUCCCCACAGCCUGCCCCAGCCAGUGGGGCAGUGACCGUGCUGCCAACCCUGCUGUCUUCCCCAGGGACCGGCUGGGGGGUCCUGGGGCUUGCCCCUCCUGUGGGCACCCCCCCAGGAGACCCCUCCCCAGGCCGUCCCCACACUGACUCGAGGGUGGGUCCUGCUGAGAGCCCCCAAAUCCGGGAGGGGACCCAGGUGGGAGUGGGCAGCCUGGCCCCUCCCUCAGCCCCUGGGCCCUCCCAGCAGCCACCUUCAUCCCAGCCUGUAUCUUCCCUGGGACCGACCACCUCUACUGGCAUCACUGCCACCGCUGUGGCUGCCACCAUCACAGCCAGCACUGCCAGCCCAGAGCUGCCCAGGGAUGUGGGAAUGGUCACACCAGAGCCUGGUGCUGCUGUACUGCAGAGGGAUGUGGCAGGGCUGACGUGGGGACCCCCAACUCAUGUGCCCACUGUGACGCCCAGGGCCCCCCAGCAGCCCACCAGUCCCAAUGGGACCCUGGGCCAUCGUGGGGGCCCCAGGUCCCCUCCAGCUGUGGAGGACACGGACCUGGCCCAGCCAUCGAGCAGCCCCGUAGGGCGGCCAGACACUGAUGCCCCCCGAUUGAUGCCAACUGGGGCGGGCAGGGCCCCGCAGGUGUUCAUUGUGGAAGAUCAGCCCCCGCUCCUGAGAGCAUCCCUCCUGCGUGUCCCCUGCGAGCUGGUGCUGGACAUGGGGUUCGUCCCGGCCCUGCAGGACCCCGGGUCCCGCGAGCACCAGGAGCUGCUGCACAGCUUCAACCAGACGGUCACCCCCCUCUUCACAUCGGUGCCCGGGUUCCUGCGGUUGGAGGUGACGGGGAUCAGGGAGGGCAGUGUGGUGCUGCAGUACGACGCGCUGUUCGCGGGGGAGCAGGUGCCGGUGCUGGGGCUGGACACGCUCCUCGAGGCCACGCUGGGCUCCGGUGGCACCCGGCCAGGGCUGGUGGUGGAAACAGCCCCCAUCCUGCGCCACGAGGCUCUGGUGCGGACACUGGACCCCUGCACUGUGCUCUUUGCCUGCCCAACUGGCUUUGCCUGCGUGUCUGGGGUGGACGGGAACGCGACCUGCACCUCCCUCUGCCACCGUGACUACUGCAAGAACCAGGGCAUCUGCACCCACGCGCGGGACCGCCAGCCCCUCUGCCAGUGCCCCGUGGGCAGCGAUUUCUGGUUCAUGGGUCUGCGCUGUGACUACCGGGUGACCCAGCAGAGCCUGCUGGGUGCAGCAGCUGGGAUCCUGCUCAGCAUCGUCCUCCUGGGCGCCGUCCUUGCCGCCCUCGCCGUCCGCCGCUUCAAGGCCCUGCUGCUGGAGGCCAGGGCUGACCAGACCCGCAGCAGCUACCGGCGGUUCUGCCGCCUGGACGAUGUCUCGGCCCAGUACUGGUCUCGCUCGGGGCUGCCCUCAGCCAGCUCCCUGGACAACCCUGCCUUCAGCAACUCAGAGGAGCUGCUGCACCUCCAGAUCCUGGACAACGGCUUCUGCAGCUGCCAGGAGGACUCCGGUGUCCCCGAGGGUGCCAAGUGUGCCCGCCCGCCGCACCGGCCCAGCUUCCAUUAUGACUGGGACACCAGUUCCAGCAGCAUGAAUGACCUCAUGGUGGACUCGGGCAAAGCCAGUGAUAUCUCUGUGUCCAGCUGGCCCAUGGAGCCCAUGCAGUGGGCUCCAUUCCCUCUCCUCCACCAGCUUUCCAGGCAGCGACCGCACAAGGCCCAUCGGCCACACUCGUUCUGCGAGGGGCUGGAGCUGGGCACCCUGGAGCGGAGCUGGACGGCCUGAGGCCACGGACAACAGAUGGGCAACAAGGUUCAGCUUUAAAACCAACCACAUUUUAUUUCCACGUAACGAGCUCAGUGAAGGAAUUCCACACACUUGGACAAUACAAUCAACGCGGGUGUGAUGUCAGUGAUGUCAGUCCCUGUGUGGCAGAGGCCCAGCGAGCCCCUGCCCGUGGGUUCCUGUUCGGACCCAGCCUCGGAAGCUCUGGCUGGGACUGCGGACUCCAGAGCAAGCAGAUACAGAGAAGUGUCAGGACACACAGUGCUGGCAUCCACCAGGUCAUGACUUAUGGGGGCAGUCUGGGAAGAAAGGCCGACAGCGUCCGGAGGGCACGUCACACUCUGGACACACAGGCUCUGCCCUACGGCCACCGCAGGACAAGCUCAGCCAUGCGGAAGGGAGACACGAGAAAGCGCUGCUGCGUCGGUCAUCAUGAUUCAUGUCAAUGAGGUAUAAACACCAGGAUGUUGUAAGCAUUAAAGUUUAUUUUCCAAAAUGCUCUCCUUAUUCACACGUGUCCUCUGGAGCAUCGAGCCGGGCACAAAUGGUGGGGGCUGGAAAUGGGGCGUUGUACGGAGGGCGAGGGCAACGGGGUCCCAAAGGUGCUCGGAUAGAAAAGGAAAAGCAAGCUGCAGUUCUACACUUAGACUCUCAUAGUCGCAGAGGGGGCACGUUGAGGGAGAUUUUUGCUAGAAUAAAAUGCAGAUCUCUCUUCAUAAAAAAAUCAGUUUGCUAAAAGAAAACUCAGCCUAUGGGAAUACAGAGCUAUCGGAUCGGUCGAUAUUCUCAUCGUAUAGAAAACAGCCUACAAAUAAAGUCACAAAAAAUAGACAGUUAUAUGCUGAGCAGCCAAAAACAUCAUGAUUUAUUAAUAUCUGGAGAAACUUCAUAAUUCAAACACAACCAAACUGUACAUUUUACAAUCACAUUCUAUUUGUAAACAGUUAAAAGCCACUGACUUCUUUUGCAUCUUCGGACACAAACAUUAGAAUCAAGGCAAUGAAAUGAUGGCGAUUUCUGCACUGUUAAAAUUUUUACCCUUGCCUAGUCUGGAAUUCAUGGACUAAACAAGCAUUCGAUAAUACCUUUUGUGGCAAGAGGAUGUAACUCGUUCACUUUUGCGAGAAAGUACUUGCGAGAACUUUGUCAACAUUAAAACUCGAUACACACACGAUCUGUAAGCCCAGCCCGUGGUUACAGGAUGCAUAGUUACUCAGGUCGGCUUGGGGACAGGCCCCACGGUAACACAGUCACAGAGCAGGAACAGCCACUCGAUGGGAUUACAAAAACUCGGAUAACUACGGAUUAUUAGCAAACCACCACCACUCACUAAGAAAAGACAGCAUCAAAAGCAGAAUGUCCAACUCCAGCUUGAAGCGUUUUUUUUUUUGGCAGAGAAAAGUCUUACAGAGCAAUAAGUAUUAUCAGUGCUAAAAGUUGAGUUUUUUUUUUUUUUUUCCUAUAAGAAACUACAAGGAGUUUUUACUGGGGAACUGGUUUUCCUGAGAGCCAUGCUCUUUGAUUUAGGAUACAGGAAUAGAAAACAAAAGGACAUGGCCAAACACUGUUCGUUAUUCCCAGAGAUAGAAAGCAUCUUUUUCAUUCUCAAUUUUUUUUUGUCUUUUUAAAAAUUUUUAAAAUGAUGGAAGAGUAAACAUUUUUCUCAAAAAACAAAAAAAAUAUUCUGUAAA